AGCGGCAAUUGGGGGAAUCGAGGCGUUUAAAACACGCAGAGAGGAUCCGCUGUUAGUGAGGACUGUCUUUACCUCCUCUUCCUCCUCCUCUUCCUCUCUGUUGUCAUGAGAGGCGCGCAGGUUCUCCAGUCCUCCUCCUGUCGGUCUGCCUGAGUGAGAAAGCAGCGCUUUAGGACAAGAACAUGGGGCUGCCUGCGUUGGAGUUCAGUGACUGUUACUUAGACAGUCCUCAGUUCCGAGACAGGUUAAAGUCCCACGAACUGGAGCUGGACAACACCAACAAGUUCAUCAAGGAGCUGAUUAAAGACGGAAAAGCGCUCAUCCAGGCACUGAAGAAUCUGUCUACAGCACAAAGAAAGUUUGCAGAGUCGCUGAACGAGUUCAAGUUCCAGUGCAUCGGCGACGCUGAGACGGACGAUGAGAUCUGCAUCGCCAGAUCACUUCAGGAGUUUGCUGGUGUUCUUCAGAACCUGGAGGAUGAACGAACACGGAUGAUUGAUAAUGCAAACGAUGUUCUUAUCACUCCACUGGAGCGGUUCAGGAAAGAACAGAUUGGAGCAGCCAAAGAGGCGAAGAAGAAGUAUGACAAGGAGACGGAGAAAUACUGCGCUGUCCUGGAGAAGCACCUCAGCUUGUCUGCCAAGAAGAAGGAGUCACACCUUCAUGAAGCAGACAGUCAGGUGGAUCACGUGAAGCAGCAUUUCUACGAGGUGUCGCUGGAGUAUGUGUUCAAAGUGCAGGAAGUUCAGGAGAGGAAGAUGUUUGAGUUUGUGGAGCCGCUGCUGGCGUUUCUCCAGGGGCUCUUCACGUAUUAUCACCAUGGAUACGAGCUGGCCAAAGACUUCAACCACUUCAAGACGGAUCUCACUAUCAGCAUACAGAAUACUCGGAACCGUUUCGAGAGCACGCGGUCAGAGGUGGAGAGUCUGAUGAGGAAGAUGAAGGAGAACCCGCACGAGCACAAGAAUAUCAGUCCUCACACUAUGGAGGGUUACCUGUUUAUCUUAGAGAAACGUUCUUUUGUGUCCACGUGGGUGAAGUAUUACUGCACUUACCAGCGUGAGACCAAACAUCUCACCAUUGUGCUGUUCGACCAGAAAUCUGGAGGCAAAACUGGAGAGGAGGAGAGCUUCGUCCUGAAGUCUUGCAUCCGAAGGAAAACCGACUCCAUCGAGAAGAGAUUCUGCUUUGAUGUAGAGGCUGUGGAUCGGCCUGGAGUGAUGAUAACAAUGCAGGCUCUGUCAGAAGAGGACCGUAAGUUGUGGAUGGAGGCGAUGGAUGGCAGAGAGCCGGUAUACAACAUGAAUCGAGACAGCCAGAACGAAGCCAUGGCCCAGCUGGAUGUGAUCGGCUUCAACAUAAUCAAGAAGUUCAUCUAUGCCGUAGAGACACGAGGCAUCGAUGAACAAGGACUCUACAGAAUCGUCGGCGUCAGCUCCAGAGUGCAGAAGCUGCUGAGCCUCGCCAUGGAUCCUAAAACAUGUGCUGAUGUGGAGCUGGAGAGCUCAGAGUGGGAGAUCAAGACCAUCACCAGUGCCAUCAAACACUAUCUCAGGAUGCUUCCUGCUCCACUGAUGACCUACCAGUACCAAAGAAACUUCAUCAAAGCUGCCAAGCUAGAUAAUCCGGAAGCACGUGUUCAGGAGAUCCACAGCAUCGUGCACCGUCUUCCAGAGAAGAACCAUCAGAUGCUGGAGCUGCUGAUGAAGCACUUAGCGAAUGUGGCGAGUCACCACCAGCAGAAUCUGAUGACGGUGGCUAAUCUGGGCGUGGUGUUCGGCCCCACCCUGCUCCGGCCGCAAGAGGAGACCGUGGCUGCAAUUAUGGACAUCAAGUUCCAGAACGUUGUGGUGGAGAUCCUGAUUGAGAACCAUGAACGUAUCUUUAAAGAGACGCCUGUUCCUGCAGUGGGACAAAUCAGCUCGCAGUCCAGCGUCCACAGGAGGAGAAGCACAGAGAGCAAAGCUCCAUCCUGCAGUGAGAGACCUCUCACACUCUUCCACACUCCUACACACUCUGAGAAAGAGCGAGCAGCAGUGGAUAAGAGGAACAGUGUGCACCUAAACUCUGAAUCCCAGCCAGCAGCUUGUUCCUCACUCAACUGCACCAGCAAUCAGAACUGGAACAAGUUUAUUAACCUCAGCAGUGCAGACGGAGAACAGGACGGUGUUGUACAGGCACGGCAGAGUAGAUCUAAUUCACAUCAAAUUCCAAGAACUCGAGGUAGCAGCAUAUCAUCCAGCUCAGCUUCACCCAGCUCCACCUCUCCACGCUCUCCUUCCUGGCCGAUGUUCUCUGCUCCCUCCAGUCCUCAGUCAGCUCCCUGCACUUCCAGUGAAUGUUCCCCGCUCAGUCCUCCUCUGCGGAAGGCUCGCGCUCUGUACGCCUGCAAAGCCGAGCACAACUCCGAGCUCUCCUUCAUCGCAGGGACGAUAUUCGACAACGUUCAUCCGUCGAGGGAACCGGGCUGGUUAGAGGGCACGUUGGACGGGAGAACGGGAUUAAUUCCUGAGAACUACGUAGAGUUUCUUUAGCUGUGGACCAGAAGGUGACGAGAUCCUGCAGCAGACACAGAAAGCUGGCUCUGUGUGUGUGUGUGUGUGUGUGUGUGUGUGUGUGUGUGUGUGUGUGAGUGUGUGUGAGUGUGUGUGUGUGAGUGUGUGUGAGUGUGUGUGAGUAUGUGUGUGUGUGUGUGUGAGUGUGUGUGUGUGUGUGAGUGUGAGUGUGUGUGAGUGUGUGUGUGAGUGUGUGUGAGUGUGUGUGUGUGUGUGUGUGUGUGAGUGUGUGUGUGUGUGUGUGUGUGUGUGUGUGUGUGAGUGUGUGUGUGUGAGUGUGUGUAGGCUGAGGGCACUUGGCCACCAAAAAGCACUGCCAUUACUAAAAAUGAAAGGAAAAAAAAAAAUAUUGGGACCAUUUUAGUUUUUCUCCAGCAGCUUAGGAACCUUUACUGGGAGACUCAUCACCACAAAUCAUCCUGAGCUGCGUUUCUACGGCAACCUCUCUCUGCCGCAGUCUGGAGCGUCGGGAACGUCGUGUCGUAUCUUCAGCUUUUUUUUGUCUGAAAUGUUUAGAACUACUACAAGAAACUGGUUCAUUUUUAAAAAGAAAAAAAAAAGAUUGAGGAAUUAUUUCCUUUACUUUGCACUUUUAUAUUUUAGGGAACAAUUUAUGAAACGCUCAAGCUGUCUUUUCCUCGUCCUCUGUCUCUUACCCUCACGUUUCUCUGCAGUAUGUUAAGGAGUAAAAUGUAAAAGAAUGUGAAUUCAGCGCCGAUCAAAUGUAAAGCCUCUGGUGUCGAUGCCGCUCUCUGGUCUGUAACAGUGUAAAUCCAUGAGGUGAAAUGUUUCUGUAAAUAAUUCUGUUUUGUAUUCUAGCUUACUAACUUAAUUAUUGCUCUUUUUACAUAAAAAUAUCUAAGUUAAUUUUGCGAGUUUUAAUAUUCUUAACUGUUAAAAGUGUAGCAGGAAUCGAGCUCCUGAUGUUCUUCAGGUUUUCUUUAUUAAACAUCAGAAUCAGCUGUAUUUCUGUUUACCGCCUGUUUCUUACAGAACUAAAGAACGACUUUCACUUCCUGAUUUUACAGAGUUACAGGUUUUAUUAAAGCUACGUGCAGGAACAUCUGAGGUCCUUGUGGAGUAAUGAGGAGCUGCAUCACUGACUGGAUAUGAACUAAAACUAUUAACUAAUUAUUUCAGUCUCAUUGUUUUAAGAAAGAAUAAAUAAAUUUCACUGUUGAUGACCA